AAUCCUCAGUCGGUAUAACGACCGCGAACGGUGAGCACCAUCGCGUAUCACAUAAAAAAUAACACGAUAGUGUCCGAACAUUAAAAAUGAAAUAAACACUGCUUGGUGGAAAAACAAAAAAAAUUGUCUGUGACGUAUUGUGUUCUAAUUUUGAUUUUACGCACCGAACGCGAUGCGGCCAGAAAAUCGCGGCGCGCAGACUUGCAUGAUAGUUUGUUGACAGUUAUUAAAAAUAAAUCUAAGUGCUAAAUAAAUUAAGUGUUCAUACUGUGUGUAGUUCUAUAUUGCUUAGUGUAUUGUUAAGUUAUGAAGUGCUCAAACGUGUAAAUAGUUUUGGUAAGGUUGAAAUAGCGAGACUGCAACACUCCAAUAACUACAAAACGUGAACUCGACAGAAAGAUAUUUCCUCCGAUUCCGGAGCGCUCUGUAUUCACCUCGCAUUAGUUAAUCCUACCAUGCGACUGUUCGCGUUCAUUUUAAAGAGGAAAUAAAACAAACUAAACAACCGAGCCAAACAGGAGACGUUUGAAUAUAGCCGGGUAUAAUCUUGGCGUGGUACAGUGAACUAAUUACUGUGAAAGACUCGGCGUGAGAGCAGUGUGCACGCAUACGGCAACCCUUUAGUGCGACAGAGACGGAAGUGGGCAGUUUUCCAAGAUGAAUUUGAUGUUUCGGAAGAACUUCAGCGGGGAGAAAACCGUCUCGUCGAGCGGGGGUGGGGGGAAGGCGCGGGGCGCGCUCGGUGCAGGGAGGAACGCCAAGCGCCGCGACCGCGAGCGAUACUCCUGCAUGGAGGAACACCACUACAAGACCCACAUAUUCUUCUCGGCGGCACCUCGGGCCAGUGCGCAGUACAACGACCUCACAGGUAAACAACGAUGCGGGCCUGUAAUAGGCGGUGGAACAGGGCCGGAGCCCGAGCCGCCGCAGCCCCUGGUGACGAGGGAGCCCUCAGUGUCCCUCCUACGAUGGGACAGGGGCCCGGUGACCACUACCACCGUCCCGACCACCACGGACCGGCGCCGGACGGAACCGGUCUCUCUCGCCACGCUACAGAAAGACUGCUUCGUUAUUCCGGCGCACGCGCUUGAUCGGUUUCUACCUGAUGGGGUACCGCUUCCAGUUCCGCCUCCAACGCCAGAAAAAGGAAUGACAACAAAGACUGCACAAAACUCCCUUAGCAUCCUUGAAAUAGCUGACCCCAAACUUUGUAUAUUGGCCCAUCUCAUGAGCCCACUGGAGCCAAUAGAACCAAUAUUGGAAUCCCCGCUUGCCAAACCUUUGAUAAGACAGAAGUCUGCGGCGGCAGAACUGUUGAAUGAAGUAGCACAGGCCAAUACUGCAGUAGGAGGGAUGUUGUUAGCGAAUAUGGAGAAGAAUGCAGAAUUCCCAUUCAUAUCUUACUAUGUGAUAAAUACGACGCAAACAGACCCUUUGUUGUUCUACAAUAACAUGAGAUGUGCUUCCUUGAACAAGUUUGAUCCGAAGACGAUACGGUACUCGGCAGCGCAUACACUAGACCUGUAUAGUGAAGUGGCAAUGAUCUGUAGACCUCCGUUUAAUGAUUUAGCUGGAGGACCGAAGAAGUCACACACGCCCACUACUGGAUUCAUUAUUAGUGUUUAUAAGGUAUUCGAGGGCGAUGAUGGUGAGCGGUUCGAAAGAAACUGGCUGUACUGGACGGGGGCGCGGAUGCUGUACCGGCACCUGCCUCACACGGUGGGCAUGAGGAAGAUAGCGCUGCACAAGUCCGUGGCUGCUCACGGAGACAAGAUGUACCUGUUAGUGUGCGAGUGUGCCAACUUAAUGGACGACCUGUCGGGGGCCGCGAUGCUAGUGACAGCCCUGCGCGCGCGGCUGUGUGGGUACACCGGCCUAUACAGGCCUAUACAGACUUUCUAGUAAAGGGACGUGGGCCUAGACGGCCUUGAGUGUGUUGUUUUCAAUUUUGCGGACAUCCAUAGGUUAGUGUAGGUUAGUUCUGUUGGGUGAUGAAUUUGGGAAUACAAGUCUUUCGCGUCGUCAGCGGCGCUACUGCAGCAGAAAGUCUCUUGAGAGACAAACUUCUAAUCUUAAACCUGACUGAUUUAUAUCAGUAUAUGAACAGGUUCUUACUCUAAACGCAGCCUUAAUACAGUGAGGGCAAAAAUAAAUUAUCUAAUAGCUAAACUUAGUAAACCACAAUAAGCAACAAAUAGCCACAAAUUCAUGACCUAACUCAAAAUUGGAUCUCUAUUUAGUCGAUCUAGAUGUCCAAGCAAAAUCGGUCAUAAACAGCACACGUGAACAAACGGACCAAAGUAUUAAUAUUACAUUUAAGGUUAUCUUAAAUGGUGUACAAUAUUUGACUGGGUACAGGCGAGUCGAGCCGAAGUGUUCUUGAUUUAGAUAUAAGAAAUUUUAAUCAUAAAACGAGUGAUUUUCUUCUGUAGACGCCAUUUUUCUCAAUUUCUCACUAUACUUUUGAUAUGAUCUACUUACGCGAAUCACCUCACUCUAACAGUUCUCUAGAUGAUAAAGAAUAUUUAAUAGAUAAUAGAACUCGACAAUAUUUUGUUAUAAUUGGGUGAAGUCUUCCAUAGAACGGCGUACGUACCCAAUAAUUACAUGUUCGAUUGAUACCGAGAUUAGCAUAGGAUGGUAAAUAGCUCAAAUAACCUCUUUUCUAUUUUUGCCUAAAAUCUUUUGAAAGAAAUAAUUAUUUUUCGACUUUUCCAAUUUUCUGACAUAUCUCGAGAUACAUAUCAUUAAUCUCACAAGUUCAAUCGCAGGAAAAUAAAUAUUAAAAUCCAUUGCCUAAGUAUAAAACUACCUAUGUACUAUGUUUUCACUAUUUCAUAAUAAUAAUUAAUUAAUUCUUGAUAAAUUAGGAAUAAAAAAAUUGUGAUGCUCACAAUAAAAUUAAAAUAGUUCGCCUUAAAAUUAACAAAACCGUUGCUAUUUUAGAAACGCACAAACUUAUUAUUAUUAAUGCUUAAUUCUUGUAACCGACAUAUAUUAUGAAAUCCAUAAAUAAUAAUCUACAGAUACGUAUUCAGUAAUAGUAUUUAUUGAAAAAUAGUUAUUGACACAAUCGAAUAAAUAGUGUCAAAUAAUUGAGCGGUGACUACCUACAUACCUAUUACAUAUAUUAUAAUUUCAUAAUAAUUGAUUAAUUUAAUAUUAGUUGUACAUGUUUUACUACUAAUUUUCAUCUAAAAUGCGCUGUUUAAAUACUUCUUAAAACCUAGCUUAAUCUUCUGUUAUAGUAAAUUAAUACCUACUGUAAUUCUACGUAUUCUUAACUAACCAAAACAAGUACUUAAUUGAAAUCAUUGAUACUAGCUUUGUGCACUGAUUAAGUUAGGUUUACAUUACAACAUGAUUGCCUAAUUUAAUUUCGUGAUCACUGCGUGGUCACUGUUCCCGGUCUUCAUGGAUCUCAUAAAAAAAUAUCCUAGCCGUUCUUUAUGAAGUGAAAUGUGCCACAUGUAAACCUAGCUUGACACAAAAACCACAAUAAUAAUAUUUCUCGCUAUUUUUCGAAACACAAAAACAUGACCAACGAGCCUAACCAAAUAUUGUGAUUCAUUAUAAUAAUAAAUUAAAGAAUAUAAUAAUAUCCACAAAGUGUAAGCGUAGUAUUGGCUUGAGAAGCAUCAAUAUGUAUUUUAUCAUAAGAUUUUAUAAUAGAAAAUUAAUAACUUGUAAUUACACUUACCUAUGCUUAUUAACGUUACUGGCUUGUUUUGAAAAAAUAUUUCAUAUCCAUUAUGAUUUACCUAACAAUUAUUGUAUGUAUUUGUUUUCUUUUUAAUCGAAUGGGCAUCAUCAAUGCCUACAUAAUAGUUUAACUUAAUUAUUAAAGUGUUAAUUUUCAAAACAUACAACUUGAUCCCCAUAAGAUCAUACCUAUCCUAUAGUCUGUAUAACAGAACCCUUUUUCUAAGAACACGCAAAAAUAUCAAAUGUUAAAAUGUAUUAGUAUCAAAUACUACCCACUAAGCAGUCCUUUGGGAGUUAUAAAGCGUCUACAAGAAUCUAGAUCAAUGCACUUACAAAAUAUGGCAAUCUAAGUUCUAACUAUGGCUUAUAUUUUGACAUAUGUAAAGUCAACAUUUAUGAUAUAGCCACUAAUCGUGAGAUUACUAGAGUAAAUAAACCUCAUAAACUUAACAACAAUGGAAGGAAAAAAUCUAUAACUUACAAUUACAGCUCAGUUUUUUAUAAAACUCUCGAUAUUUUAAUACUUAAGUUUAGCAGUCAGCUGACAUUUUACUUGAAUUUCCAACAUAACUUAGAACUGGUUUCCUUAUCAUAUGGUUUAGUUUACACAAGAUUACUUUGGCAAUGGUGCUAAUUUUAGUCAAUUUGUAGUUAAAAUAGCAAAAUCAAAGCUUGCAAGUUUGGUAAAUAAAAUACUAUUAACACUAUAUUCAGUCAGUUGUUUUAGUAAUUACUUACUUAGCUAACUUUAGAAAACUUAAACACUUGACCUAACAUAGUAUUUGCCAACAUAACAAUUUUAAAUAAAAAACGUUUUCAGAUUUCGAUAACACCAAUUCAUUAGAAGUAUUUCAUUUUAGAGUAUUAUAGUUAGAAAUUAAUGCAAUUUUAUAAGGCUUAAUAAUGUUAUUUAUUAUUAAUAAUUAUUAGAUCUAUCUAUAAGGAGUUGAAAAAACAUUUGGGUUGUGUGGUACCAAAAAUCUAACUUUUGCAAUUAUGUAAUGAAAAUGUUCUUUAUAGAAUGUUCUAGGCAUAUUUUACUGUACCAAAUACAUCCCUGUUCAAAUAAUAUUUUUAAAUAAAUUAAGCUUGUCUUACUUACUUGAAUUGUUAAGCAUCAGCUUGUAAAAUUACAGGCGAGUGGGUCAUUAACCCCUUUAUUUACUUUUACUAAGUGGGUACCUACUACUUAUUUACCCUAACAUGUUUUUGUUACUUUUAUUAUAGAAAUGACCACUCGCCUUAAUAACAAGACACAAUAUGAAUUAACCUAAUAAUAUAUAAACUGGAUUUGUUAUAUUCGAAAACAGUGAAAUUGAAUUAACGAUGUCUUGUAUGAAAGCAAUUUAAAAUAAUUACUGUUUGGCUUGAAAAGCUAGUUAUGAGUGCAGGCUAAGCUCUGUAGAAUAUAUAGAAAAUUUAAUUAAAUUUCAAUUAUUUUUAUAAUAAAAUGUGAAAUUUA